UUUUAGCUGGAUGAGGACGUUAUUAAAGUAACGUAAUGGAGAGUUGCUGACGUUGCUGAUCCAAUAGAUAAAAUUAGCUUUUAGAAUGAACUCAGAACAAUUUACUGGGGCUGCUGCUCAAACCGCAACACAGUUUGUUAUUGCACAGGAGAAAAUAGGAUUACUGUUGGGAACAGGAGGAAAGACCUUCAAAAGAAUAGGCAGUUUAUUUAAAGUUCACAUUCAUUUAACCUCUGGACACCACCAAUCUGGGGAAUGGGUUUCUAUUUACGGCAAGGAGGAGGAUCGAGGUCGGGCGAAGGAGUAUAUCAUGAGCAUGUGCAACCCCCUUGUGGAGGAAAAGAUACCGUAUUCAGCUGAUCUUCACGAACAUUUAGUCGGGAAGGGAGGCAAGACUCACAGAUAUUUGGAGAGUAAUUCUAGCGCUGUGAUAACAUUCAGCACCUCUUGUACGGGCCCUAAUGAGCACACAGCACACGUGCGAGGCAGUAAGGAGUCUGUAGCCCACGCCACCGCGCUCAUCAAGGAGAUCAUACGCAAAACUACCAAGAGACGUCAAAAAGAGAACCAGCCUCCCGGGAACGUCAAGCCAGAGGAUCUUGACAAGGAGCUGUUACACGCUCUCAAAGCGGACAACAACCUCUCCUUCUGGGAAAAUAUCAAGAAUCAACCAGAAGAAGCAAAGCGUGCCUACCUAGCACAGCUGCACCGGCGCAAGGCACAGGGUGGAGCCGAAAACAGUCCUAGUAGCUCGAGUGAGGGAGGUCUGGAAGAUGGGAUCUCUUCAACUGCUGACCUCCUGGCUUACACCAAGAAACUCAAACUUUCCGAGGAAGACGCUAAAAAGCUGUUAAACGAGCAGGCCCAGGCAGGAUCAGGGUUCAGCAAGAACGACUUCAUAGCCAACAUGUUACAGUUGCAGGCCCGUGAGAACGAGGUCCGCAAAUCAGAACAACCUCCUGUGUCUGGAGCUAUCGGUGAGUUAGGUGGUUUGUACCGUGCCGGAUAUGGAGUUCCCGAGUUUAGGAGUUAUCCUGGACUUGUCUCUGACUGCGCACAAGACUUCCGCAUGGAACAGCCCGGAACUGCAUUCGAUAAGAUCCCUCUGGGAAUGUCAGCACGUUCUAUCGUGCAGCACCAGCCUCCCAUGAUGCACCCAGGCCCACAGCCCCACCAACUUGACCUGAGUAACGAGUUUUCCAGCGCCCCUGCAAACUCCCACCCCUUCUCGGCUAGCCGAUACGAUCCAGCCAACGCAUGCACUCUGAACGAGGUGUUGCUAAACAGUGCACCGCCUAACGCGCACUUGCAGCAACAGCAGCAGCAGCAGCAACAACAACAGCAGCAGCAGCAACAACAACAACAGCAACAGCAACAACAGCAGCACCCUGGACCUCCCCUUCACGUGGGACCACCACAACUUGUUGGACAGCAACUGAAGGAGGACAACGAUGCCCUGCUCAUCAGAAUACUAUUGGAGCAACAGAAGGAAAAGGAUGAGCGCCAGCGCAAGGAGCGUGUGCAGGAGCUGCUGCGGCGCCAUUCACACCAGCGCUACCAGCAGAUGCAGCAACAGAAAUUGAUGCAGUUGAGAGAGCAACAUCAAGUAAACCAGAUGUCCAACGAGGACCUGUUUUCUUUGUACAACAAACAACGCCAAUUCUACCAGCAGGGCGCUGGAGGAAAUGGGAGCACAGCAGGAGGCCCCCCACUUCCCGGCUCCGCGCUAGGACUACCCCCCACUCACUCCUCUGUACUGAACCUCUCAUCCCCCAACUUCGGGGGUUCCAACCCCGGAUUCAGUACGGGUGUUAUCGGGUCCAGUGGGAUGAACUCUGCGCCCAACCUUGGUGCUGGAAACGGUGUUAACCCUCAGAUCGGUUCUAGUAUCCUAAACAAUGGCACCAAUCUCAGCCGUCCCGCCAGCGCUGGCCACCUCUCUCCUGGUGCCCCUUCCUACGAGCUCUUCUCAACCAACAACAUGUACAGAAACGGAGCUCCCCCGCCCGCACCAUCUGCCAGCGAAAUAGGCAUGGAUUUGCUGCGAGACGCCCAGAGCAGCGAGCAGGUGGCCGAUCUCAUAAAACACCUGAACCUGUAAUGGGUGCGUGCGCAGACACGUGCUCUUGUGUGGCAUGUGACUAUCAACACUAAUCCGUGAUAUGUGCUUUACAUCAUAUCUUAUCGAGAGCGAACGAAGGAUACGGAGGACUAUACACAAACCCUCAUAACGAAAAUUUAUAUGUAUUUAUGCUUGACAAUAAAGAAAAAAUCAAAAGUUCAAAGAUUUAUGAUUAAAGCUAGUAUAUAUAAAUGGCGAUGCAGGACGGCGACUAACCGGAAUGUCGACUGAAUGUCGACUGGAAUGUCGACUUGACUCUUUUGCUGAAAAGAUCCCCAACACAGUGUUAGUCUUCGACUGUGAGCCUAAAUAGAGUGCUCAAUGAAAAUAUAAUCUAUAGUUAUAUAAUCACAACCGUCCAUCUUAACAGUUCAAGAAUUUCCGUGCAUUUUUGCUGUCGAAAAAAAUGCGUGAAUAUUCUCAAAAAAAAGAAGUCAUUCAUAUUACAGUUUUAUUGAUAUAAUAAUACGCGAUGUAGUUAGUGGCUAUGUUUGGUUACGUAACUCAUUGAAACAGAAUUAUGUACGUCUUUCGAGUCACUUUAGAGCAUAUCUGGAUCUCUAUCUUUAAAUUAAACCCCGGAACGGGCCUCCAACUAUUGAUUUGAACGAAAGCUCCAGAAAGAAUGGGUGCUCCUUCCUCUUUACCACCUUGACACCUUUAUUUACUCCUCCACAAAAUAACCGCGUCGUGUCUGAGGUGGAAAGUGGCGGCAAUGCACCCUUUCAGUUCUGAUUAUUCAACCAGACUUAUUUCGAAGGAUUCAUCUUGCUUUCAGCUUUUGUUCUUAGUAGAAUGUAUCACCUAAAUUAUAUAUAUAUUCCUAUCCGCUCUGCUGCAAAUGGUCAAGUUUGUUAUUUGCUUGCAGCAAAUUAAGACAUUUGGCUUACAUAAACCAUACUAAUAUAUGACGUAUUAGAGCAUCUGUGCUAAAUAAAAAGCUAAAUAUUUGAAAACGAUGUAUCGACAUAUUAUGUCCUCAUUAACUAAUUAAUUAAUAUUAAUUACCGAAUAACUGCAGAGAAUAUAAUAUUAUAUAAUGAACCGUACUGCCUUUUUAAACCGUUCUGGUAUGUCGAUGCAUCGGUUUCGCUACGAUCACAUGGAUCCUCUUCAUUUAUUUAGGAAGUAUCUCUAUAUAUAAGACUUUUUCUAACGAUAAUUUAUUUUACAUGGUUCCUUCAGGUGUAAUACUGUUAAAACUUAAAUCCGUACAUGGGUGAUGGUGUUAUUGGGACUACAGCAGUUCUUCCAGUUUUCUAGAUAUUAACGGCAACCUUUUAAUUUAAAAACUGAAUUUUCGAAAAUUUAUUUCCCAUUUCUCAGAAUCCAGCCCUUAAAUUUCGUUAUUUUUCGUUAAAUUUCGUUAUUUUUGCUCGGUUCUGAGAAAUGUGUGAUCAGCAUCUUCUUAAAAACGUUUGACAAAACCACUCUUUUGGUGAUCAACUCAUAGGCACCCAAAAAGCUUCAGAAAUAUAAGAAUUCAAAGUCAUUACAGCAAUGCUGUGACGAUCACCACAACAUCCUCUCUGUGACCCUAGGCAGAUAACGAUAACAGCACAAUGCUCUCUGAGCUGAGUCUUCCUUUUCCAAUAACAAAAACCUGCUAGAUGUCAAGGUAACACCGUCACCCGUGCAAUCUUUGAGAGAUAUAAUGGUGUUGAUUUGGUGAUGAAUUGUGAAAGUGUAUGUUAUAAGACUUUGUAAUUGUUUUGUCACAGUGAAAACUAUAAAAUCGAUCAGAAGGUAAAAAGUUGAAAUCCGGUGCGCAUGACGAAUUGACCAACUUCCCCUCCUCAGUUGCGCUAUAUCACAAAGUUUAUUUCCCCAAAUUCGUCCGUUCCGGAAGUUUCAACUUUUUACAAAACUGGUCGAGUUGUCUCUAUCUCAAUUCUGUGGCAUGAUGUGGGCGCUUAAUGGGCGACACCACAUAGUGCGCUCAGAUGGGUGCCACUGUUAAAGUUCGCUCAGAUGGGUGCCACUGUUCAUAGUGCGCUCAGAUGGGUGCCACUGUUCAUAGUGUGCUCUUUUACUUUGAGGUAGAAAAAAGAUAACACAAUAUAUAUGGCAUUGUAUGUUCCCGAUUAUUAAAUGAAAUUAAAGAGGAUUUUUGAUAUUUUUUCUACGAAAAAAUAACUUGACUUUGUUUAAAAAGCUUAGGGCAAGAGUUUGUAGUAACAUGAGGUGUGUUGUGUAUUUUUAGCCAUUUUCGUUGCCAUGGUAACAUCCAAGUGUUUUUCCAUGGCAACGGGAUAUGUUAAUUGUAAUGGCUUAGCACACUCAUAUAUAUAGUAUAAUUAUAUACUACUGUUAAUUUUUGAUCAGGACCAAAUUUAUUUUUAUAUUUUGUGCGCUUUUAAGCUGCUAUAUAGCCCAUGGUGAUUUAUCAAACAAAAUCGAAAACAUGAUUCGCAGUUGGGAUAUCUUGUUAUAUUCGUCGCGGAGCAGUUUUAGUUUUUAGAAUUCAAGCUAAACCAAGUUGAUGAUAUAAUGCUACAUUAAAUGAGAAGUUAGCUAAAUGAUGAUAGCAUCUUAUUUACAUUAUAAGCAACCGUUGCAGCUUGUAGUACUGUACUUUAUAUCGAAUAGCGUCAUGAUUACAGUACCCCGGCACUCGGAGAACAACAUGUUGAUUAAAACAGAUUAUGUUUUUUUUUUGCGUUUUGAUGAAAGAUUUGGAGAAUUUGGGGGUCACGAGAUAUAUAAUGGAUAUAAUGUGCCGAUGAUAAUGCAUACAAGCUUGUUCGAAUCUUUCAUUUUGAUAUGUUUGGGUGCGGUGUUUAUUCAUUUUAAAAAGCACUGGUCACUGAUGGUGAAAAUAUUACUGAUGAUUUGAAUACGUUUAAUUGAUGAUUGAGACAGGAUUUGCAGAUGAGAAUUUUGGUGAAAUAAGCUUGUUUGCAUGCUUGCUUGUUGACAUUUUAAAAUUGAAAUCGACCCAACUCUUUAUAUUGGAAGAAUAAAUCUAUGAAAAAACAAUGGACCAUGCAAUAAUUUAUUGAAUUUCAUAGUUUGCUUUCUCAGCAAUUACGAUGAGCAUAAUAUGAUAAUUUAGGACCAUACUUUCAUUUUAUAGUUCUAAAUUUAGAUUUACUAUUCAA